UCCUAGGGUUCGGGUUCCACUAUUCAGACAACCACGGCUCAAACACCUGAGUCUUCUCUUAUCCUAAAAUCAUCUCUCUCUCUCUCUCUCUCUCUCUCUCUCUCUCUCUGAAAAACAAAAGGAAAUUGGGAUCGUGGGUCAAAAUAAGGAAAGAAAUUGGGAUCGCACAGAGUUCUUCUCUGAAACCUUGAUCUAAUUUGUUGGCAUUACAGAGCAGAAGAUGUCGAGUGGUGUUAAGUCAAGAGGCGAGGAUCUCCUCAGUGGUGUGUUGCCAUUGAUGAAACUCAUCUCACUCACACUCUUCGGUCUGAUUCUUGCACACCCCAAGACCCAAAUUGUUCCAAGAGCCACGUUUAGGCUUCUGAGCAAGCUCGUCUUUGUCUUGUUCCUGCCUUGCCUUAUCUUCACUGAACUCGGAGAAAGCAUUACCUUAGAGAACUUCGUUCGCUGGUGGUUCAUCCCUGUCAAUGUCCUAAUCAGUACUGCAAUCGGGUUCUUGGUCGGGUACCUGGUUGUCAUCAUUUGCCAUCCACCGCCAGAGUUCAACAGAUUCACUGUCAUCAUGACCGCCUUCGGGAACACCGGGAAUCUCCUGCUAGCUAUUGUUAGUUCCGUGUGUCACACGAAACACAACCCUUUCGGACCUGAUUGCCACUCGAGAGGGGUAUCUUAUGUCUCAUUCGCCCAGUGGGUGGCUGUGAUUUUGGUGUAUACCGCUGUUUAUCAUAUGAUGGAGCCACCGAUGGAGUAUUACGAGAUUGUUGAGGAUGGAACGGAGAUGGAGGAACAAGACUUAACUGCCGAUGUUAGUCGGCCUCUUCUGGUGGAAGCUGAAUGGCCAGGUAUCGAGGAAACCGAGACUGAACACUGUAAAACUCCGUUCAUCGCCAGGGUCUUCAACAGCAUAUCCGGUUUGUCAAACAGUUCUCUGCCCGAAUUCGAGCACUCGGGUGAAACUGGAGGGAACAGUAACAGUCCCAUGUCUCUUCAGUGCUUGGCCGAGCCGAGUGUUGUUAGAAGGAUAAGGAUCGUAGCUGAACAAACUCCGGUUAAACACAUACUACAACCUCCGACCAUCGCAUCUCUCUUGGCAAUAAUUGUGGGAUUGGUGCCACAGUUAAAAGCUGUUGCCUUUGGGUACGACGCCCCGUUAUCUUUCCUUACUGACAGUUUGGAGAUAAUGGCGGCAGCAAUGGUUCCAUCUGUCAUGCUCGUUCUCGGGGGAAUGCUCUCGGAGGGGCCAAAGGAAUCGACGUUAGGGUUGAGAACAACGAUCGGGAUAAUCGUGGCGAGGCUAUUGGUGCUUCCCUUGGUCGGGAUCGGGGUAGUGAUGGCUGCCGACAAGCUGAACCUAAUAACCGGUUCGGACAGGAUGUUCAAGUUUGUGUUGCUGUUGCAGUAUUCGACUCCGAGUGCCAUAUUGCUGGGCGCGAUCGCCAGUCUGAGAGGCUACGCAGUGAGGGAGGCCUCGGCUCUCCUCUUCUGGCAACAUGUGUUUGCCUUGUUUUCUCUCACCUUGUACAUUGUCGUUUACUUCAAACUGAUUCCUUGAGUGCCAAGGUACGCUGUUUUACACGUUGUCUAUGGAAGCUACUUGAAAAUCAUUGCUUGUGUUCCAAGGUAUAUGUGUACAUAUAUACCUGAAGUAUGUAUAUUUCAUUAUUAAUCUUAUCAACAUUCAA